AUGCUUCGUCAAGUCAAGCGCCGCAAUGCGCGAAGCAAGCGCGCCCUCGCCGAUCGCGAGCCCAAGGUCGUCGAAAACCCCAAGCGUCUCAUGGCCCUCAAGGGCUCGACGUGCAGCCAGGUCGUGCAGGAUGCGCUGAGCAACCUCUGCAUCAUGCGGGAGCCGCUCGCUCACGAAGAAGACGAGAUCCACCCGUUUGAAAAGGCCGACUCGCUCGAGUUUCCCCGGCGAAAAGAACCCAGUCGUCCCUCGUCAUGUUUGGUUUCCACUCGAAGAAGCGGCCGCACACGGUCACGUUUGCGGGGCCUCUUUGCGCCCCAAGUUCAAGAGCGCCAAGUUCGCGUCGGCCAGCGGCCCAUGGUCGUAUUUUUCCGGGCUCGGCCUCGGGACUCGCCCGUCGCCAACGAGUACACCAUGGCCAAGAGCAUGUGGACCGACUUCUUCAAGGGCGAGCCGUCGGACAAGGUCGACGUCGAGGGCCUGCGCUACCUCGUCAGCCUGUCGGUCGAGGAGGAGGGGCUCGCGGGCGCCAAGCCGCCGAUGCGGCUGCGCGUGUACACGAUCCGCACGAGGCGGUCCGGGCAGCGGCUGCCGCGCGUCGAGGUCGACGAGAUCGGCCCGCGCAUGGACUUUCGCGUCGGCCGCAUGCAGCAGCCCGAGGAGGCCGUGCUCAAGGAGGCCAUGCGCCGUCCCAAGACGACCGAGGAGCGCACCAAGAAGAACAUCAAGACGGACGAGAUUGGCGACAAGGUCGGUCGCGUGCACACGGGCCGCCAGGACCUCAGCCAGCUGCAGACGCGCAGGAUGAAGGGUCUCAAGCGCAGCCGCGACGUCGCCGACGACGAUGCGGCGAGCGACGACGAGGUCAAGACGGACAAGAGGAAGAAGAACUGA